AUGGUAUCAGAUGUUCGCCCAGGGACGUACGCCGCUGACGUCACUGGCGAGACAAGCCAAGGAGGAUAUGCAACGCUACCAGCAGCUGGAUCGCCGUCACGCACGUCCUCGACAGCAACUCCACAGAGGAGUCUUCAUCCGCAGAGGAGCUAUGGAAUAGAAGAUAAGGAGAAUCCAUAUUUUCUCAACACGAAUGAAAAUCCUUCAACAAUCCUUGUCAAUCCUCCUCUAAUGGGGAGUUCUAAUUAUGCCUCGUGGUGUAUCUCGAUGAGAAUUGCAUUGGAGGUCAAAAAUAAGUGGUGCCUCAUUGACGGAAGUCUUCCGGCGCCGAGCAGAGACCACAAUCGCUAUGCUGCUUGGAGACGCUGCAGUUUGAUGGUUUGUUCAUGGAUUUUUAGGUCUGUCCAUUCCUUAAUCGCACAAUCCAUCAUGCAUCUAGAUAAAGCAACGGAUGUUUGGGAGGAUCUGAGAAAUAGAGGUUUGCACAGUGCGAUGCUCAGAAGAUUGCUGCUCUGCAAAGUGAGAUCUAUGACCUAA